AUGAGCAUUACCCAACAAAUACAAAAUAAUUUCCAAGUUGUAGACAAAUUUCAUCAGGAAAAAGUUCAAAAAUAUACUGAUAUUCAAAAACAAUUCAAUUUUAUUGAAACUCAAUUAAAACUUGAUGAAGAGGCAUUAAUGAAGUGUAUUUCAGAAGGACAAAUGAAGGAAUACUCAGAAGAGAUGAAUGAAAUAUUAAAUGAAUAUAAAGACAAAGUGCUUCACGCACGAAAUGAAUUAGAUGUAACUAUUGAAAAACAUGGAAAUGAAAUGAAAAAAAUGAAUAAUGUAUUUAAUGAAAUGUCCUUAAAGAGUAUGAGUGAUUCUGAAAAGCUUGUUAAUGACAUUAACUCAUUAACAAAAAAGUUAUCACAACAAACUAAUCAAUCAUUAUCAAAUGCUAUUAAAAUGACAUCAACUGUUCAAACAAAACUUGAUGCAAUGACUAAUACUAAUUAA